AGAACUUUCAGAACUUCCUGUCAUUUGUCAACCACGUCUACGUCUAGAUUAAUUCUUUGAUUUUUAUAGUUAUUAUUGCUUUGUAAUUCAACUCUUGUGCACAAUCACAAAGAUAUUCGUCGGGAAGUUCAAAGAUGUUCAUUUGGGAUUGGUUUACUGGCGUUCUAGGAUACCUCGGUUUAUGGAAGAAAUCCGGGAAGCUGUUGUUCCUAGGACUAGAUAAUGCUGGUAAAACCACUCUGCUGCACAUGCUGAAAGACGAUAGAUUGGCACAACAUGUUCCGACGCUGCAUCCCACAUCGGAGGAACUGUCCAUAGGCAAUAUGCGCUUCACGACAUUCGAUCUCGGCGGCCACACUCAGGCGCGCCGCGUGUGGAAGGACUACUUUCCGGCUGUGGAUGCCAUCGUGUUCCUGGUGGACGCCUGGGACAGAGGCCGCUUCCCCGAGAGCAAGAUCGAGCUGGAUUCGCUGCUGACGGAUGAGGCCCUCUCCAACUGCCCCGUCCUCAUUCUGGGUAACAAAAUCGACAAGCCGGGCGCCGCGAGUGAGGAUGAAUUGAGGAAUUUCUUCCAGCUGUAUCAAUUAACCACGGGAAAGGGUAAAGUGGCGCGGUCAGAGCUGCCCGGGCGUCCCCUGGAGCUCUUCAUGUGCUCCGUCCUCAAGCGACAAGGCUACGGCGAGGGCUUUCGUUGGCUAGCUCAAUACAUUGACUAAGUUUGUCCCUGCGCUUCUCACGUUUCCAUCAAACCGAGAAAAAAAAACAACAUUAGCGAUCCACAAGAAAGUCUCAAGUGUGUGGAGCCAACAAAAACCGAUGAAAUAUUCUUUUUGAAUAUUCAGUUUGUCCUCUUCUUUUCACAACGUUGUACCAUUGUAAUCGCUGAUAAAUUCGUCAUGAUGUAAAUUACAGAGGAAAGCAGCAAAAACAAUUAGUUUCUAUUAGGUUUCUAAUGGUAAAAAGAUCAACUUCAAUUUGGGGGAAAAUCGAUGAAAAUAAAUUUAUAAAGUCGGAAUGAUGAAAUCAACAA